AUGGCAAGCUCAGGUCCAAAUGCAACCAAAACUAUGGUUACUGCGGAAAAAGAAAAGGAGGUCCUUUCAUCGACCGUUCCGACUAACACUGCAUUAAAUACGCUUGAAAAAUUUGAACGCCCGCUGUGUCAUGGUAACGCUUGUUCCUGCUGCGGCAAAUGUUGCGAUUGGUAUUACGAUGGUGAUAUUGAUCGUGACUAUGAGCGUCACUGCCGAGAUGAAUGUCAUGAUAUAUAUAACGAGGACCGGUGGCAUCGUCGUCCCGAUGGGCCUAGUGUAACGUGUAGUUACUUUUAUCACUAUCAUGUUGGUGAGACUGCUGCAUCUCGUGGUUUUGAUAUUUGUCGUUGUAAAUGA